GUUGGUCUCAAAGCAAACAUGUGUGACGGGAUUCUUGACUGCUCAAGAGGUAUCCUCCUAAAACAAGAUUACAGAUUAAGAGGACGUCUACUAUUAAUAGAGAGCCCAUAUAUAUACAGUUCUUCUUACUGUAUGCACUAAAGUUAUGCAAUGUUUUUUUCAGUAGAGUAUGAAGAUGGGGAAUGGUCUAAUCAAAAUCCUUUUCUCAUUUCUCUUGAGAUUUGUGUGUUACCACUACUACAACAAAAAGUACCAUGGUGCUACCAUUUAUGGACAUGGUACCAUGAUAAUACCAUGGUUUUGAGGACUAGUACCAUGAUACUCUUUGAAGAACCUUGUAGUAUCUUUUAAAUACUAUGGAAGUGAUGCAAUAUAGAAGUACUUAAGCAUGGCUUCACAUUCGGUUACUCAAGCCAUCAUUGAUCUGUCAGCUGGAGCAUGUGGUGGGACUGCCUGUGUGUUAAGUGGUCAGCCAUUUGACACAGCCAAGGUGAAGAUGCAGACCUUCCCCGGCAUGUACAGAAACUUCAUCCACUGCUUGAUCUCCGUCUACAAACAGUUUGGACUGCAAGGGCUCUAUCAGGGCACCACACCAGCCCUCAUAGCAAACAUAGCAGAAAACGCAGUCCUCUUCAUGAGCUACGGCUUCUGCCAGAAUGUAGUGCGCUUUGUUUCAGGACUAGAACAAGACAAAGAACUCAGUGAUGUUCAGAAAGCGUGCUCAGGCUCUGUUGCCUCUAUCUUCUCCUCUAUGGCUUUAUGCCCCACUGAGCUGGUCAAAUGUCGGCUGCAGGCCAUGCAUGAAAUGGAGGCUUCUGGCAAGAUCACCAGCGGACAGAAAAGCACGGUCUGGUCCGUUGUCAGAAAUGUGAUACGGACGAACGGCCCUCUGGGUUUCUAUCAGGGUCUCGGCACAACUAUAGUCCGUGAGAUACCUGGAUACUUCUGUUUCUUCGGAGGAUAUGAACUCAGCCGCUCUAUGUUUGCCCAAUACAUGGGAAGAGACAAAGAACACAUAGGUGUUGUUCCCUUGAUGUUCAGUGGUGGUUUUGGCGGCGCCUGUCUGUGGUUGGUGGUGUACCCCAUAGACUGUGUGAAGUCACGCAUCCAGGUUCUGUCUCUAGCAGGGAGACAGGAGGGCUUCCUUAAGACCCUAAUGGGGAUUUUAAGAAAUGAGGGAGUGCGGCCUCUGUAUUCCGGUUUGACCCCCACUAUGAUUCGAACAUUUCCCGCCAAUGGGGCGCUCUUUCUAGCCUAUGAACUCAGUCGCAAGAUGAUGAUGCAACAGUUUGAUCACUGACACCACCUCCUGGAGGUUCUGUUGACUUUUCAGCUUACCCUGCGCUGGAACUUAUUAAUGCAAUGUUGCAACCGUUUUCAGGUAGCACAGACAGCUUCUUGGAUUUUAUCCACCCCAGUAUUUUUUUUUUUUCUCUUUCUUUUUUUUUUUUUUCAUUUAUCUGUAUGAUGCAACUGGAGUAUUUUUUGUUUGAUAGAGUAAAUUUAAAUACAUUUAAAAAAAGAAAAGAAAAAAGGUUUGGUUCUGAAUGUCACUUCGAUAUACAAAUCUCUCCGAUGACCAGCCAAUCCAUAUUAUCUUAAUACAUAUUAAGGAUCCAUAUCUGCUGGUCACAUACUAGAACUAAAUUAAUUUAUUCAAAUCCCGUCCCAGGAAGUAGCAGAUGCUUUUUUCCUUUUUCAAUAUCUAGAGAUGUUUUUAAAGGAACAGUUCAGCUAAAAUGAAAAUGUUGUAAUCAUUUACUCACCCUCAUGUUGUUCCAAACCCAUUUGACUAUGGGGAACACUAAGGCUACGUCCACAUUAAUCUGGAUAAAUUUGAAAACGACAUUUCGUUUUCGAAAACGCUCUCUGUCCACACUGACGUUUUCAAACGUUUUCCAAAAGUUGCAUUUCGAAAAACUGAAAUGUUUGAAAAUGCUUAAAUCCCCUUACUGCACAUGCGGACAAAACUUAAGAAUUUCAUUUCCGUGUACAAAACGUUAUGUCCUAGUGCUCCACCGCCAGACAGCAAUUCCAAGUAAACCUCCAAUUGCCUUUGAAGGAAUGCAAUGUGAAUGUUGUACAGAGUAACAUUAUCUUUGACAACACUAUCAAAGUGAAUAGCAGGUACAACAACACUGCUAAAACAUGGGCCGCCAUCUCGAUUGUUUUGGGUUGAAUGGAUCAAAUGACUGAGUCACAUGACAACAAAUAUGUAAUCGUUUUCGAAUAUCUCCAUUUUCUCUGUCCACACUACAACGUGAAGACAUCGCUUUCAAAUGUAUCCACUUGGGAGAGCGUUUUUGAAAAGCUCAGUGUGGACGGAAGGCCAAAACGUAGAGAAAAAGAUGAAAAGAUUUUUGAAAUGAAAACGUAUAUUGUGGACGUGGCCUAAAGGAGAUAUUUUAAUGAAUAUCACAUCUCAUCUUUUCAAUACACUGGCAGUGGAUAAUGUCUCACUUUAAAGUUUAAAAAACACCCAAAUAUCAUAAAAGAAGUCCAUGUGAUUUGUGCAUCAUAUUACAAGUAUUCUGAAGGCAUAUGAUUGGUUUUGGUGAGAAACAUUCAGUGAAACUCUUGACCUCCAUUACUCAUUAGUGCUAUCAGAGAAGUUUGUUCACAGUGGCUCGCAUGUUCAUGCGAGAACUUGAGUUGUUUUUUACAGGCUUCUCUCAUGAACUGAUGUCCAGAUUUUCACUAAAAAAAUGACUUAAAUUUCAGGUUGUUUCACUGCCAUUGUAUUAAAAAUAUGUGCAGCGGGUAAUAUACAUUAAAACAUCUCCUUUGUGUUCCGCAUAAGAAAGAAAGUCUCGGGUUUGAAACAACAGUAGGGUGAGUGAUUACAGAACUUUCGUUUUUGGGUGAAAUAUUUCUUUAAAUAGGACAUAUGUGAUUCUGCACAGGUUUUUCUUAACACUUGAAACACUUCUCUUAUGACAUUUUGUGUAGACUCUAUGAAAAUGCAGUUUCUUACAUGUUUAUACUGGUACAAAUCAAUCCAAAGCUUGCUGCCAGAAAUACCUUUGUAAACAAGAGGAACUUCAUGUGCUGGAAGAGAUGGCUGUUGUCAUUCUUACAAAAAGGUGUAUUUGCAUGAAUUUGGAAAAAGAGCAUGUGACAUGGCAUCUAGUGUUGUUGGGCGGCCCAAUGUUUUCAUUGAGUUUAUGACAUUUUUAAAAAAGCCUGUUUCUUUGGUGAUAAUAUCUUGGCUGCAUAUGACACUCGACCCAGGGACCCAAAACACCCUCAUAUAGUGUUUGAAGUCUCAGUGCAUAUACCUAAACAACUUUGAAAGCAGCAUGAUAAUUUACUGUAUUGUACCGCAAUAAAAUAUUUUGACAUAUUUAAAUAUGAUUGUUUAUUAUUAUUGUCAUUAUUCCUGAAAUUAAAAUGUAAUA